GCCUAGUGGCACUAAUGAAACUUAGUAAUUCAGGUUCAGCUACUGAGGAUGUGAUGGUCCUCUAAGCCUGCAAGGAGGCAGGCUUAUCUUGGCGCGCUGGGCAAUAAAUGGCCCAGAUUACUCCUCUGCGGGAUGGUUAUCUGGUACUGAAUCACUGUGGCAGGCCUCAACCAUUCCAUCGAGCAGCCGAAGUAACCAUAUCAGAAGACACAGUAUAGCUUCUGACAGCGGGGACACAGGCAUUGGUACCUCCUGUUCUGAUAGUGUGGAAGGUGUGAGUGAAGCCCUGGUUUGGCCAGCAGAAACUUUCACUGUUCAAGAUGCGUGUGAAGAAAAGAAUCCAACUGUAUUUUCAGUGUCCAACUUGAAUUUGUAGUACUGUCAAUAAGGAAAAAAAAUCUCAAUCAAAUGUGCUCAGUUUACAAGUAAAGAAAUGAUGGCAUGCCUAUGUCAAAAGUCAGUGACGUGAAUACUUUCAAAACAGGGCUUAUUUCUGAAAUCCCAAAGAGAACUCUGAGACAGAUCAUUCAACGUCAAGUGGUACUUCCUUGUUUAAGCCCAGCCGAUCACUGGUCUCUAUUCCCACUGCCCAUGUGAUGCCGUCUAAUGCCAGCCCUUCACUUUCCAAACACAGAGAAGCUCUGAAGUCUGACUGCUCACAAUGGAGUACAAACCUUUUACGAUCAGGAGGAAGUCAAAAUCUGGGCAUAGUGGACAACUCUCUUGACAUGAAGGAUGUGAGGCCUGUAAGGAAGUGGUCAUCCUUGUCUAAACUCAGCACACCAGAUAGCUGCAGUCAGGAUGAAAGUGUCCUUUCAGGGGACUCCAGGGCUAGUACGGACAGAUCAGGGAGAGACAAGACCAUAUCACCACAAUUAAGAACAAAUGGGCCGAGUUGUUUGCAUAAUAGCAUGGAGUUGCUAAAAGUUGAGGACAAAGAAACUGGGAAAAAACGAUCUUCUACGCUGGAUUGUAAAUACAAAUUUGAAAGUUGCAGCAAAGAAGACUUAGGUGUUUCAGAUGCCUCAAAUAGGAGACAUGUCUUUGACAUGACCUACAGUGCCUUACCUGAAAGCAAGCCCAACUCAGCCAGCGGUGAGGCUUUUGGGCACAGAUAUGCAACACUGGGACAGCAGGCUAUGAACGGAGUACCCAUUCAGCCCUCAGUGAGGACUCAAAUGUGGCUUACAGAGCAGUUGCAUGCAAAUCCUCUGGACUGUAGGACUGCUGAGGAGUCAUACGGUUUGGCAGCUUGGCAACUGCAGCAGCUUGAAGAUCUUACAAGGGGAAAUGAGCACCCGAUGCAGGUUCUGACUGGAUCGUCUCGUCCAGGUUACACAGGUACAGGCUAUCAGGAUUUCAGUAACUGGGAAUCCCUUAUGAAAAUCAAAGAAGGGUUGCUAAGACAGAAAGAAAUUGUGAUUGAUCGGCAGAAGCAACAAAUUAACAGUUUACAUCAGAAGAUACGGGAGAAUGAAUUACGGGCUCAACAUGCCAGGCUGAGCCAUAUUGUGAAUUGUGAAGAAUCGUACGUGACUAAUUUACAGCAUUCACAAUAUGAGAAUACAUCAUUGCAAGCUCCAUUUUCAGAAAGAUCAGUAUCUCACUGUGAGGAGCUUGAGCAAAAGCUUGCAUCAGUUGAGAAUAAGGAAAUGCAACUCAAUGAGUUUCUCAAGCAAAUUUCAAACAAAUCCAGUGAAGAGAAAAAGAAGAUGGAAGAGAAACUUAAAACCAGAGACAGGUACAUAAAUAGCCUGAAAAAGAAAUGCCAAAAAGAGUCUGAACAAAACAAAGACAAACAGAGACGAAUUGAAACCCUAGAAAAAUAUCUAGCUGACCUGCCAACGCUGGAUGAUGUAGAAAGGCAGAGUAAGCAGCUGCACAUUCUAGAAGAGAAGAACAAGCAACUCCAAGAAACAGUGACAGAUUUGGAGAAGAAGCUUGGAGAGACUAGAACACAAUGUAGGGAGAAAGAGCUGCAUCUCGUGUGUCAGAAAAAGAAAGAAAAAGACCUGGUCACCACAGUGCAGAGUUUGCAACAGAAAGUAGAAAAAUGCCUGGAAGAUGGUAUCCGCCUCCCCAUGUUGGACACAAAACAGCUUCAGAGUGAGAAUGAAUGCCUCAAAGAAAAGAACGAGAAAGCCCGCAAGGUCAUAGACAAUCAACAAAAUCAGAUAGCUGGGAUGAUGAUAGAAAUUCAGUCUACGGAAGAAAAGCUUUUGCAAGGGAAACUGACAAUGCAGAAGAUGACAAAUGAGAUUGAAGAAAAAGAAAGGCAUAUACAGCAGUUAAAUAAAACUCUGCUUGAAAACCAAAGACUAAUGGAAGAGAACGCCUUUUUGAGGGAGCAGAUAUGCCAGAUGGAACAGUCCAGACAGCCAAUGUCUGAAAAGAUGCCGGUGGCUGACCAGUUGUUCAAAGAAAUGUCCCAUUGUUUGUUUGACUUGAAAGCACUAUGCAGUAUUCUCACCCAGAGAGCUCAGGGCAAGGAGCCUAACCUCUCCUUACUGCUGGGAAUCAGAUCAAUGAGCUGUUCAGCUGAAGAGAAUGAGAAUUACCACAGCACAGAAACUCUCACCAAGAAACUCUUGGAGGUGUGUCAAUUACGGAAGGAUAUUGAUGAACUGAGGACUAUAAUAUCAGACCGUUAUGCUCAGGACAUGGGAGACAACUGCAUUACCCAAUGAUAAAAUUUUGGUCUCACAGCAAUGACUACAUUAUUAAAUGCUGCUGUGUUACAGAUCUUUGCAUUUCUAUGAAGGAGCCAUAUGGGAAGAUUGCAUACUGUAUAUGAGCUGCACAUGGGUGUCUGAUGAGUCUGAGGGUUGUGCAUAUUUAAUUUGGGGGAUGGUGGGGAAAUCUUAAUUU